AUGUUCGCGCAAACAACCGCAUUCGCCACCACUCUGGAAGCAUCACUGGCGCGCAACACAAACCAACCUCCGACACACCAAGAGGAGGAGAAGCGCAAAUCAGCUAUGACGAAAGACCACCGCUUCUUUCACCGCCGCCAGGCAGCGUCUCCUACGAAAGUCCUGACUGUCAACGUAGAGGUCAUUGCGACCGUGGACUCCGGUGGAAAUCUGGUAGCCCAGGAGACGAAGACGCGUUCCUGCUCUCGCGGUGGACACCAGUACCGGUUCUUUGACUCCUUCUCCUGCACCAACAAGUAUGUCGGGGAGCAGCAUCAGCCCAUCAUCCUUGCUGUUAGCAUCAUUGAUCCCGGCGUCGAAUUCUACCAUCCCAAGUAUGUCACUCCUUUCAUCGAGUGCGUCCUCAACGUCAGGAAGCAAUAG